CAAUGAUAAUUUAUACUGCGUGUCUCAAACCUCUAACGAACAGCCACAGUCACCAUGAAAGGGGCUUUGGUCGCAUCUCUCAUCCUUGUGGUGGUCAUCUUGACCUGUACGAAUGUCCAAGGGGCACGGGUGGCGAGGAAGAGCGACGGAACUCCAGGAUGGAUGCAGUCCUUUUUCAGUUCUCUUUUUGGUGGUGGCAAUGACAAGAAAAGUGGGAACGUCAGCUCAGGAAAUAAUACUGGUUCCCUCAUGAAAGGAUUGGCGGAUAUGAAUCUUAACGAGACCUUCAACUCUUCAACCACAUCACCAGGAAGCACUUCUUCAUCAGCAACGACACUGUCAACGACGUUUUCGUCGACGUUGGCAACGUUAAGCUCAAGCACCGUGGAGCUUUCGAAUACGACAUCAACAACGACGAUCUCAACACAAACACAAAGAAAUCCCGAAUGUCUAAAGGCUAACGAUAUGACAACGUAUUGCGAGAUGUCUGAACGAUUUAAGCAGUAUAUGAAUCACAACACAACGUCAGAUGCCAUGGCGGCCAAGCUGUUUUCGUACAAUGUCGUUGAUCAGCUGAUGAAGAUGUGCAAGCCCGGAGAAUGGUGCCUGUCUGGUGAUUAUAUUAAAGCAUUUGCUGACAGUAUGAGCACAGUGUUCAAUGGACCAAUCUGUGAAAAGGGCCUCCGAAAAUGUAUUGAGCAAAUACUGUACAUGAGAAAUGGUUGUCCCGAUAUGACGCGCCUGACUACGCUGGAUAAUGCCCUGUCCCUGGUGUGUGAGAUGUACGCUGUCCCUGAGCUGACCCCGGAGUGUUUUGGCCACACCCUGGCAACACUCCACGUCACCCUAGCCGAUGAACUCCGUCAGACUUCCAAGAAGAUUCUUCAAGGAGAUGAAUUUUGCCUCGGGGCCUAUGUUGGUAUGACAAGGAAGUUUAUGUGCACCAUGGAGAAAUGCCCUCACCAUAAGCAACUGUUUCACAAUUUCGUCCCAUGGCAAUGGUUCAUGGAUGAUGCCCCUGUCAUCAAACAAGUGUGUAAGCUUGAAAGCGUCUGCGGGGACUUAGAAGCUAGAGAGGAGGCAUCGUCUACAACAGGGAUGACUAUGACGACAUUAGCUACACCAUCACAGAUCCCACCGGGACUGACACGCCCAUCUGGCGAACUUAAUCAGGCUGGAAAUGAUGCUGAUACCAACACUGAAAAGCCUUUCUUUAUCAUUCAGACAACAGACGAAAACACAAGAUUGUUAAUUGGCAUCAUCACUGGAACGCUUGUCGCUAUGCUUGGCGUUGUGGUUCUUCUCUGUGCUGUACUCAAGCGCGUCCGAAGGAAAGGCAGGCCACUUCUUACAAAGGAUGGCUAUACGAAGCUUCCGAGCGAAGAGGUCCAUUGACUAUUACGCCAUGAAUAACGACAAGCUGUAUUGGUCCUGAAGGCAAACGUUCCUAUGAUCAUUUCAUUCCUUAAUGUGUGUCAUGAUUAUAAUUAUUUCUGAGAAGCAAGUGCGUUCCAGUUCAUUGUAUUUCGAACUCGCGAAAGUAAAAAUGACCCGUGUCACCUAAUAUUUGAGAAUUACAGAACCAACAAAGUAGUUCUGCAAACAGACGUUUAAUAUUAUGUUGUGGGAAAAAACAUGAAUUGUAAAAACAUAUGUACAUAAUAAACCAGUACUUAACAAUCAGAGAGGACUGUUUGGAAUUCAUUUGAAUGGAGUAGAUGCAUCUUUAUUGUUUAGAUGGUGUUUGGUAGGUUUUGAAGAUAUUUUUUGCCACCGAUCGCUCUUAUUAUAUGUAGAAAGGUAAUAAUACUAGUUGUACAAUAUGUACUUUGUUUGUCACUAAAAGUGUCAAUGCUUAAACAUGGCUUAUAUCACAAUAUAGAAAACUCGAUCUGUCAGAACCAACAGAAUUCAUGUUAGACCAUAUUUGAUCAAAUUCAACGUUAAUGCAUUGAAUCACCAGUGAGAUGUUUAUUUUAGCGAGCCCACUGAGGACAGUUAUUGGUACAGAUUGUGCACAGUGUUUAAGUGUUGAUACUUUAAAAUUGAAAGCUUCUGAACUAACGUACGUAGACCACCUUAUUGUUCUGUUUUCGUAAAUAGAACUUUCGUUCCUUUUAAGGUGGGGGUUUUGUGAAAUGAGACAAAACCCAUUCAUUCAUGCUUUGAUUUAAACGUUCAUGAUGCAUCUAUGUGUUCAUCAUAACAUCAAUGCUGUACAACAAUCUGAUAAGUUCAUUAUAGGGGAUAAUUAGGGACCGACCACUUGAUAUUCGGGAUAUUCGGAGGGGGGGGGGGGGGGGGGGGGGUGUCCUAGGAUUAUUCUAUCGCGAUAGAAUAUUUCUUCAGCCUGUAUUUUAACGGUUUCAAGCAACAAUGUAAUUUAAGUGGCAGGCAAUUUCUUUCUUUUAACUGUUUCAAGCAUAACAAUUUUUUCAAGAAAUUUCGGGGACAGUUUAUUUCUUUCGGUGGAAUCCCGCAAGGAUAUGCUUGAGCCACUCUCUACUGCACUGUGCACAUGCCAAUUCUGGUACACGUGUGACGCAACUUGUACAUUUAUAACGAAGAGAAGUUAUGUACUUCCACAAGCUACAGAAUAGGAAAUAAUGUGAUGUUCUAUGGCAGAUACUUACCUUUUUACGUUGUUUUUUCAUGUAAAUAUGUUUGUUUAUGUGUUUGAAUAUAUAAACUCCUGAAACUGCUGAAA